AUGGCCCCCGGCCUCGAUCUCACCCCCGAUUUCCACCCCCCCACAACCACCACCACAACCACCAACAAUGCCCCUCCCCAACAACGAACCCUCCUCCUCGCCCCGCCCACCCUCGCAACCCACGGCGAAGCCCGCCUCGCCACCCUCUUCACCACCACCUACCCGCGCGCGACCACCGACCUCCAAAUGCUGGACCGCCUCGCCGCGGGGCUGGUCACCCUGCCCGCAACGACCUACGACCUCGUCCUCGUGCUGACCGACCCGGACGGCUCGCGGCGCGCCGAGGCCGCCGCGCUGCUGGCGGAUCGCGCCGUGUGGGCUCGGUUGGUGCCUGCGGUGAGGGCGGGCGGGAGGGUGGCGAGUGAGGAGGGGGGUGGUGAGGGGACGGAGUUUUUGGGGGAUCAGAGGGUGGGGAGGGAGGCGGUUUUGGCGGGGUUGGUUGCGGGUGGGGUGGGUGGGUUUGUCAAGCCGGAGUAUGCGGAGGAGGAGGCCGUGCCGUUGCGGUUUGGGAAGAAGAAAGCUGCUGCUGCUGCUGCUGCUGCUGUGAGUUCGGCGGGGCCGGCGGUUGGGACUGUGAAGGUGGCUACGGCGACUUCGGCGGGGAAGAAGGAGGAGGUGGGGAUGGUUCCCCCGGCUGUGGCGGCUGCUGCUGCGGCGCCGGCCGGGGUUGGGUUUGUGGACUUUAGCGAUGAUUUGGAUUUGGAUGUGGAGGAUGACGAGGAUGUGAUUGAUGAGGAGACGCUGCUCACGGAGGAGGACCUGUGGCGCCCGAUCCAGCAGCCCCCUGAGUGCCAGCCGCAGCCGGGGAAGAAGAGGCGGGCGUGCAAGGACUGCACAUGUGGUCUCGCUUCGAGAAUGGAGGCCGAGGACAAGGCGCGUCGCGCCAAGGCAGACAGUGACCUUAACACGCUGAAGCUCAAGUCAGAGGACCUGAACGAGCUUGACUUCACCGUACAGGGCAAGACCGGGUCCUGCGGCAGUUGCUACCUGGGCGACGCCUUCCGGUGCUCGGAUUGCCCUUACAUUGGUCUACCAGCAUUCAAACCCGGCGAGGAGGUCAAGAUUGUGAACAACGCUAUCCAGUUGUGA